AUGACGUUUCAGCGUGGCGUUUUUCGUGAUUUUUAUCGAUUUUGGCAUUGUUGUUGGCAUUGUUGUUUUUGGGUUGUUUCAUAUUUUAGAGUGCACCCCGAUAUGCUGUUUUCUUUACUCACUUCAACUUGUCUUAAUUCGGAAGGUCAAAGAAGAUAUACGAUUGGGUAUAUUUCUUGCGGUUUUUUGCGUUAA